ACUGCAUUCCCUCAACUGUCUUCGAACACCGCACCUCUCUCCUUUAAUGCUUUCUCUCUCUCAUCUCUAUAAAACGUACACGCACUCUCUCUUCCACGCCUAAACUAGCCAUGAAAACCAUCUGCGGUGUCUCCACAGCGGUUUUGCUCGUACUAGCGGUUUUGGCCGCCUCCACCCUCUCCCGCGCCUUUGCUGACGUCUUUUCCGACGAGCUCAAGAAGAACCCCGGCCAAAAACGCGCUGGAAAUCCAGAUCCCGGCGACUUCGGAAUACCAGGAAUGGGCGGCGGUUUUGGAAUACCAGGAAUCGGCAGCGGUUGGGGAAAUGGCAUAAUAGGAGGCGGCUAUGGUGGUGGUUUUGGCGGACCAAAUGGUGGCUACUCGAAAGGUGGUAUUUACAGGCCAACGGUUGUUUGCUCAGCUCCAGGACCUUGCUAUAAAAAGAAACUGGUUUGCCCUGCAAAAUGCUUCAAGUCCUUCUCCAAAUCCGGUAAGAACUAUGGAUCGGGUGGUGGAGGAGGCGGGUGUACCAUGGAUUGCAAGAAGAAGUGCGUUGCUUACUGUUAAGCGGUUUUGGAAAACCGCUUAGGAUUUCCAUAUGGCGGUUUCUUACUAUUUGUAGUAACUGGUUAUGGUUUGCAGUGAGGGUUUAGGUUCGGGUUAGUAUGGGUACUGAUUCCAUGUAAACCGAGUUUUUAGGGUUGGUAAUAUGUUUGUUUUUUAUCAUAGGUAUGUAAUUUAUGAGAUUAUAAAUAAACACCAGAGUAUUAAUAAGAAAAAAGAAAAAAAAAAAA